ACCGCUGCUCCGCCGGAACACCAGAACCGAACUCGAAAGGGUUUCUCACUCUCCCCGUCUGUCGCAGACUUGUUUCUUCCCUCCGCUGUAAAACACGAGGAAGAGAUCUCUCACAAAGCUCCAAUGGCGGCUGCGGCGGCGAGAAGCGCUCUCCUGAAGUACCUCAGGGUGACGGUGGCAUCUCCGGCGCCUCUUUGGCCGGUGGUCCCCCUCUCCUUCUCCCAGCUCCUCCUCCGCCGCCGCGGCUUCUCCGACGAGGCUAGGGGAACCUUCCUCGACAAGUCUGAGGUUGCCGAUCGGAUCAUCACCGUCGUCAAGAACUUCCAGAAGGUCGAUCCCUCCAAGGUCACUCCAAAUGCUCAUUUCCACAAGGACCUUGGUCUGGACAGUUUGGACACCGUAGAGAUUGUCAUGGCCCUAGAAGAAGAAUUUGGGUUUGAGAUCCCAGACAACGAAGCAGACAAGAUUGAUUCCGUUAAUGUAGCUGUUGACUUUAUUGCUUCACAUCCUCAGGCAAAAUGAGACAAUGUUUGCGUUGCUUUUGUUUGUCUGCUUUUUUAAAACUCUCUGCAGGCUGUUUUUUCCCUACAAAUUCAGUUUGAGCUCGAAAUUAGACUCUUUUCUUGAUCUAUUCAUAGCAGCUUAGUGCAUUGGCGCUCCUGUGACUAACACUAUCAAUUAUGGUAUUUUAAUCUGAAGAUAUUAUGGGGACAA